AUGGUCCAGGAAACGAAGUAUCUCGGCCUUAUUCUCACCCCGGAUGGGAAUAGGAUGGAUCCGAAGAAAGUUGUCGAUGUUUUGGAAUGGUCCACACCAAGGAAUCUCCAUGAUGUUCAAGUAUUUCUGGGAUUUGCGAAUUUCUAUCGGCGUUUUAUUUUAGGAUAUUCAAAAAUUGUUGCUCCGCUCACGGCUUUGACCAAGAAAAAUGUUAAGUUCGAAUGGACGGACGAAAGGGAGGAAGCAUUCCAGACAUUGAAAAAGAUUUUCACAACGGCACCCAUACUAGCGCAUUUUGAUCCGAAUCGGAAAAUCGUAGUAGAAACCGAUGCAUCCGACUAUGUUUCUGCUGCAAUCCUGUCCCAACGUGACGACGAAGGAAUUCUACAUCCAGUUGCUUUCUUCUCUAAGAAACAUUCCCCUGCGGAAUGUAACUAUGAGAUCUAUGAUAAAGAACUUCUGGCAAUUGUACGAUGUUUUGAGGAAUGGCGACAUCAUUUGGAAGGGGCACAAUUCUCAAUUGAAGUUCUCAGCGAUCAUAGGAACCUUGAAUAUUUUAUGUCAACAAAGCUAUUAAACCGUCGACAAGCCCGUUGGUCGGAAUUUCUUUCACGUUUCGAUUUCGUCAUUCAAUUUAGACCAGGGAAACAAGGGGCAAAGCCAGAUGCAUUGACUAGGAGGUCGGGUGACCUACCUAAGGAGGGGGAUGAGCGGUUGACGCAUCAAAGCCAGGUGGUUUUGAAGCGAAAAAAUUUGGAUUCAAAGCUAAGUUUGUUCGCGGGUUCUUUUUCAAAUGAAUCCGCUGAAGGAAUGUCUACUGUAGAAGAGUUGUUUUCAAAUGCUUACCAAGUUGACAGUUUCCUGAACAAAGUCCUUGCUGUUACGGGCAUGCCAAGUAUUUACGGAAGUGAGAGAAAAGGCCAGUAG